AUGUCUUGCGAAUCACAAAAGCGAAAACAUGAGGAAAUGGAGCCUGUUCUUGAUUCUGUGGGUGAAAAACCAGAAGCAGUGUUGUUUUUAGUUCAAGAAGGGAUUCAGGGAAAGCGAUUUCAACUAAUGAAGAAUUUUGCUGCGAAGAAUGGAUUUCACUGUGAAGAUCAGCUGUGCGAAAGAGUAACUCAUGUUCUAUCCGAGCUGGAUAAUGUUAAGCAGAUUAAGAAGUUAUAUCCACAGCUGUCUCAGAACAGUCACAUCAAGAUUGUUUCAUCUCAGUGGAUGUAUGCUUCUGUUCGACAGAAAAUGCAUGUGCCAGAAAACAAUUUCCUAUUGGAGGGUUAUCACCAGUGGUUAGUGGAGAGUCUGCAAGAUGCUCCGAGUUCAAGUAAAAGAAAUGAAUUGGGAUUACAAAGUGAAUCAGUAGGCAGCAAACAGAAACUGGCAAAGGAUAAUGGGGAGAUGGGUCACACAGAGCAUUAUAAAAAGACCUUCAAUGAGAAUAUCCUUGAACGAAAUGCUAAAUUACAAAACCAUAAUAUGAAAUUAGUAGAGUCAUUAACAUUUAUGAACAAUUACUGGACUGUCAUGGGUGAUGAAAGAAGAGCACUAGCAUAUGCUAAAGCUGCAGCCACCGUCAAAUGUCUUCCUUUCACGGUCAUGACAAUAGAGCAGAUUGAGGAGCUGAAAGGUUUGGGAACUGGACAUUGUCUUAAGGUAGUGCAAGAGGUUCUAAGAACUGGAACUUGUAGAGAGGUCACAACUAAAGCAGAAUCUGAAAAGUAUAUAGGACUAAAGAACUUGACUAGUGUGUAUGGCAUUGGUGCAGGUCUUGCAGAGAAGCUUUAUACUGUUCAUAAUUUAAGAACUGUUCAAGAUUUGAUCACUCAUUGGAAUCACUUGAAACUAGCAGAUGAGAGGAUCAAGUAUGGAGUUGCAUACCACCAAGAUCUCAGCACUCCAGUGACAAGAGAAGAUGCUAGAAAGAUUGAGUCCAUUUUAAAGGAACAGCUGGAUGUCAUCAAGCCAGGGUAUACACUAGAAAUUACUGGUGGAUUUAGGAGAGGCAAAAAAACUGGGCAUGAUGUGGACUUUCUGAUCUCUUAUAAGAAGGAUGGGGAAGAAGUUGGAGUUCUUUCAAAGCUUUUGCUUAGCCUCACGAACCAGGGACAUAUUAUUCAUCAAAAAGUGGAAAAAUCAACUUUUGAUGAAGAGGCAGUAUUCAAGAAAGCAUCAGAGAAAGUAAACCCAAUGGAUCAUUUUGAGAAAUGUUUCUGCAUAUUUAGACUCCCAGUGUGUGAACCUUGGACAUCAUCUGAUACACUGAAUAUGGGGAAAGACUUUGAAAGCCUUCUUAAGGAAGGUGAAAGCAAAAGAGAUUGGAAGGCAGUCAGAGUAGACUUUGUAUUUGUUCCAUCCAGCCAGUGGGGCUAUGCUCUCCUGGGAUGGACCGGCAGCAAGCUAUAUAUGCGUUUGCUGCGUCAUUAUUCCAACCAUUAUUUAAAUAUGUUGCUCAACAGCCAUGGCCUUUGGAACAGGGCAGACAAUACUCUUCUCCCUGCCAAAAAUGAAGAAGAGGUCUUUCAAAACCUUGGUUUGAGUUAUAAGGAACCAUGUGAUAGAAAUUUUUAAUUUCUUUCAGUUUAGCAAUAAUUGUAUUGAAUUUAUAAUUGAGUUAAUAAAAAGAAAAAAUAUGUACUGAAUGUGUAAUUCCAUUAUCAUUUAUUAUAUAUUUUUAGAAAAUGUUAUAAGAAUAAAUAAAUAAAGUUUUUUUUAUAGACACUGUAA